GGCCGAGGCGAGCGCGGCGAUGUGAGGGAGGCGGCCAGCGGCUCCCGCUUCAGGAAGGGCAUGUUCGGAGGGGCGGCCGCCGUGCGCUGCCCGCCCCACCGCCCUCUCCCCACCGCUGCAGCCGCUGCGCCCGCACCGCGAUAAAAAGGGGCGGCCGCACUUCCUGGCGCGAGACCCGCGCUCGCCGCCGCCCGCCAGCCCGCCCGCCCAGGCGUCCGCGAGGCGCCGGGCUGGCCGUUUACUGACCGUUUCGCGGCUGCCCGCCAGCGUGUCGGCGACGCCGCCGCCAGCAUGGGCUGUGCCCCGAGCAUCCACGCUUCCGAGAGCCGGGCGGUGUACCACGGCGGCAACGAGGCCGAGGACGCGCCGGGCCCCACGGCGACGCCGUUGCUGCCCGGCGGGCCGCGCCUCCCACCUGGUCAGACGACGGCCGCCUCGGCCCGGUCCUGCGGCUCCAGCCUCGUGGAGUCCGAGCCAAGCGGCGGCAGCGGCAGCGGCAACGGCAACACGAAAUCUUCAGUAAAAGGCGAAAGAUUUAUUUGAUCUGAAGAGAAAUCAGAGUAUACUGA